UUUUGGACUGGAGGAGGUCAUUAGAAAGUGAGGAGUAAGUACGGGCCGGUUCUCGAGGCACAGAGACGUUCGGUGCCAGCGUAUCUCUGAUGCCGGUGUAAGACAAAUACAUUAUUCCACAUCUCUGUGUAGUGUUUCAACCGUUGCGAAAUGCUUCGUCUGAUCCUGCGGCUCAGGCCAUCCGCCGGGCUCCCCUGUCCCCGUGCCCUCCCGGCCGGGCCUGUUGCGCUCGGCUCCCGCUCCGUGCCCGGAACCGGCUGUCUGCGGCGGCUUCACUGCGGGGCGGGGUACCGCUCCAUGUCUUUGGGCUCCGGCCUCAGCCACAGAGGCACUCUCCUGCGGUGUCCCCAGCUGACAGGCGGCUGUCAGAGCACGCGUUUCUACAGCCUGCCGCCGCACCAGAAGGUGGAGCUUCCCGCACUGUCACCCACCAUGCAGACAGGGACGAUCGCUCGCUGGGAGAAGAAGGAGGGAGAAAAGAUCAGCGAAGGUGACCUUAUAGCUGAGGUGGAGACCGACAAGGCUACUGUUGGUUUUGAGAUGCUGGAGGAGUGCUAUCUGGCAAAGAUCCUGGUUGCUGAAGGCACCAGAGAUGUCAACGUUGGAGCAGUGAUCUGCAUCACAGUUGAGAGCCCUGACCUCAUCCCAGCCUUUAAGGACGUGACGUUGGACUCUAUCAAAGCAGCCGGUGCCGGUCCCUCACCAGCUGCCUCUGCUCCUCCUCCUCCUCCUCCUGCUGCCGCUGCUCCUCCUGCAGCCCCGGGCAGCUCUUACCCCGCACACAUGAAGAUCACACUUCCUGCCCUCUCUCCCACCAUGACGAUGGGAACAGUGCAGCGCUGGGAGAAGAAGGUCGGGGAGAAGCUGAGUGAAGGAGAUCUGCUGGCUGAGAUAGAGACUGACAAGGCAACCAUCGGCUUUGAGGUGCAGGAGGAGGGAUAUUUGGCCAAAAUCUUGGUGGCAGAGGGCACUCGGGAUGUUCCCCUGGGAAUGCCGCUCUGCAUCAUUGUAGAGAAAGAAAGUGACAUCGCUGCCUUCAAGGAUUAUGUAGAGACCGGGGUGGCAGAGGUUUCCACACCACCUCCAGCUCCACCUCCAGCACCAGCUGCAGCUCCGGCUGCUGCACCCAGUCCUGCUCCCGCAGCCGCUGCCCCUGCAGCGCCCAGGAAGGGUCGCGUGUUUGCCAGCCCGCUCGCCAAGAAACUUGCCGCUGAGAAAGGAAUUGACCUGGCACAGGUCAGCGGCUCCGGUCCGGAUGGACGCAUCACCAGGAAAGAUAUUGACAGCUUUGUUCCACCAAAGGCUGCACCUGCCGUAGCUGCUGCUCCCACUCCAGCUGCAGCUCCAGCCGCUCCUGCACCUGCACCGGCCGGGACCUUCACAGACAUCCCUAUCAGCAACAUCCGCAAGGUGAUCGCUCAGAGGUUGAUGCAGUCCAAGCAAACCAUCCCCCACUAUUAUCUGUCUGUAGAUGUCAACAUGGACCAAGUGCUCGAGCUUCGGAAAGAGCUCAACGCUGAAGUGAAAGCCCAGAAUAUCAAGCUCAGUGUGAAUGACUUCAUCAUCAAAGCCAGUGCUCUGGCCUGCCUCAAGGUUCCCGAGUGUAACUCCUCCUGGCUGGACACGGUCAUCCGCCAGAAUCAUGUGGUGGACGUGAGUGUAGCGGUGAGCACAGCCAGCGGCCUCAUCACACCCAUAGUGUUUAAUGCGCACACCAAAGGACUGGCGACCAUCAGCUCCGACGUGUCCGCUCUCGCUGCCAAGGCGAGAGACGGCAAGCUGCAGCCGCAUGAGUUCCAGGGAGGUACGUUCACGAUCUCUAAUUUGGGGAUGUUUGGUGUCAAGAACUUCUCUGCGAUAAUCAACCCUCCUCAGUCCUGUAUUCUCGCCGUCGGCGGCUCAGAGAAACGGUUGAUGCCUGCUGAUAAUGAGAAAGGAUUUGACGUAGCCAGCAUGAUGUCGGUGACACUGAGCUGCGACCACCGGGUGGUGGACGGGGCGGUCGGCGCCCAGUGGCUGGCGGAGUUCCGCAAGUUCCUGGAGAAACCCGUCACCAUGCUGUUGUGAUUGGACUGUACUGCCGGUAAACUGCAGCAACAGGCCGAGGCCUCUCACCGAAGAGAUCUGACUGGUCUCAACCGGUCUGGAUCCUCCUGUGAAUGGCCGGUCUGGCACCAGGUCACUCCCAGUUACCCUGAAGGCGAAGAGGCAGAACUCACUCCGCUUACCUGUCUGUCUCGCUGUCUCUCCUGUCUGUCUCUCUCUCCUCUCUCGCUCUCUCUCUCACACACAUCUCCUAUUUAUUAAGAGCCCCAUCUCGCGAGAGACCAGAAUUAGGUUUAUUUUAUCCUAGAAUAGACACUGGCCAUAUGUCACUAAAACAUUGAUAAUGUUUUACAAAGGGAAGUGUUACAUGUCCAACCAGCAAUCAUAUUUAUCCCCAAACAUACACACACACAGACACAAACCUGCCCCUGUUCAGUGGCCACACACACACACACACAGUUGAAAUAUUUAGUGUUUUCAGUGUGUUGCUGUGUAUAUUCUUCACUGUGGGAUGAACACAGUGCUGUAUAUAUAUAUGGUGGUGAGCUCUGACAAGGCCUCACCAUAGAAUUCAAUAUCUGUACAGUCCUGGAUGAUAAGAAACGCUCUCAAAGGAACUACUGAGCGGUUUUGCCAAUUCUCUCCCUUCAGUUUUAUUUUCUAAUCUCAGAGUAAAACAUUUACCGUUGAAAUAUUCUGUGUUCACAGCUGGAACGCACAAAGCUGGUGCUGGAUGUUAUUUGUUGUUUGAAUAAAUUGGGAUAAGUCGA